UGGCAGCAGAGCCGGGGCAGGUGACGGGCGGGCGUCACAGCUGAGGGAGCGACGAGGCACCUGGGAACCGGAGCUGGAAGCCUAAAGAGGCCCAGUCAGAGCCCAAGAGCCGGAGCCACCCCUCAAGCCGUCCGCCAUGGGGGAGAUGGAGCAGCUUCGGCAGGAGGCAGAGCAGCUCAAGAAGCAGAUUGCGGAUGCCAGGAAAGCCUGUGCCGACAUUACUCUGGCAGAGCUGGUGUCUGGCCUAGAGGUCGUGGGACGAGUGCAGAUGCGGACGCGGCGGACGCUAAGGGGACACCUGGCCAAGAUCUACGCCAUGCACUGGGCCACCGACUCCAAGCUGCUGGUAAGUGCCUCACAAGACGGGAAGCUGAUUGUGUGGGACACCUACACCACCAACAAGGUGCACGCCAUCCCGCUGCGCUCGUCCUGGGUCAUGACCUGUGCCUAUGCCCCGUCGGGGAACUUCGUGGCAUGUGGGGGGCUGGACAACAUGUGCUCCAUCUACAGCCUCAAAUCCCGGGAGGGCAACGUCAAGGUCAGCCGGGAGCUGUCUGCUCACACAGGUUAUCUCUCCUGCUGCCGCUUCCUGGACGACAGCAACAUUGUGACCAGCUCCGGGGACACCACGUGUGCUCUGUGGGACAUCGAGACCGGGCAGCAGAAGACUGUGUUUGUGGGACACACGGGGGACUGCAUGAGCCUGGCCGUGUCCCCUGACUUCACACUCUUCAUUUCGGGGGCCUGUGAUGCCAGCGCCAAGCUCUGGGAUGUGCGGGAGGGCACCUGCCGGCAGACGUUCACGGGCCACGAGUCGGACAUCAAUGCUAUCUGCUUCUUCCCCAACGGAGAGGCCAUCUGCACGGGCUCGGACGACGCCUCCUGCCGCCUGUUUGACCUGCGGGCAGACCAGGAGCUGACCAGCUACUCCCACGAAAGCAUCGUCUGCGGCAUCACAUCCGUGGCCUUCUCCCUGAGCGGCCGCCUGCUCUUUGCGGGCUACGACGACUUCAACUGCAACGUCUGGGACUCCAUGAAGUGCGAGCGAGUGGGCAUCCUCUCUGGCCACGACAACAGGGUCAGCUGCCUGGGGGUCACAGCCGAUGGGAUGGCUGUGGCCACUGGUUCCUGGGACAGCUUCCUCAAAAUCUGGAACUGAGGAGGCUGGAGGAGGGGAGGUAAAAGGCCACGAAGACACUCGGCUGCCCUCUCCCCUGCCCGAUUUCUUUAAGAUUUUCUCUUCCACCCCGCAGCCGCCCUUCCCGCCCAGCUGUCCCCUUUGAGGGCGUGGGGAGUUUGGGGAGCGCGCCUUUGGGAGGCAACACCAGGGACAUGGGUGGGGAACUGCCUCCCCUCUCCAUGGUCCUGACAGCUUCUCCCUUAGUGAGCAAGGACAACGGACCCCCGGACCUCCAGCCUUGGCAGGCCUAGGAGGCUUCCCAUCUGAGGCCACAGGCCCUAGGAUUCCCCCCGCCCCCCACCGAGCCACCACCUUUGUCUAGACCCGAGUGGCGCAGAGCCCUCAGCCCCGUGACUACGGCUCUGGCACCACUAGGGUCCUGGCCCCCUUCUCCUUUGUACUUUCUCCUUUGUCUACCUUCUUGCCUCUCCUAAAGCGCUGGCAAUAAAGUAGUGCCCUGGU